AUGGUUCUCCUAACAAUGACACCGUCCAUUGUGGACGCAUUAAAGCAGGUAGACGAGCAGCACAAAGCAGACAGCCAGCUCAAGGCCGACGAAUCCAGCAACGAUGCCGACCAGGAUCAGAGCAAUGACGCAGCAGCUUCGCCAACAGAGCCAGCAGUUGGCAACCCCAUUUCCCACAGCGAUAUACUCGGUCUUUACAAGAAGCUCAGUGCUUCAGAGUCUUCAGAAUCCAAAUACAGCCUAGAGCAACUGCUUCGAGGGUCUCAAGUUUACAUCCCUCCCCCUCCACCAAAACAAGAGCCAUCCGAAGAGUACAAAGCUCUCAUGGCCCGUCUUCGCCGUGAAGAAGACGCCCGCGCCUACGAACGCAUGAUCAACCCACCCCUUGCGCUCGAAACAUUCUCAAGCCGGUUUCCAAACGCCGCGAAAGCCUUUGCGGAGGCGAACCGGCCCUCCAAAGCCGAAGAUCUCGGCGACGACGAAAUCACAUACAACGAGGUGCAGCGCCAAGUAAUGCUCAUCAUCAAUUUCCUCGUCAGCAUUGUUGGGGUUGCAGCUACGCUUUGGAUCGCCGGCCGGUGGUGGAGCCUUUCGUCUCGAGUAUUCCUGACGCUUGGCGGCAGCAUAGUGGUUGCCAUUGCGGAGGUGGCGGUCUAUUCGAGUUACAUGUGGAGGAUGGGCGAGGCAAAAAGCAAGCAAGGUGCUGUCACAGAGAUUAAAGAAGUGGUUCAGUCCUGGGUUGUCGGACAAGAAGGAGAUGAUGGCCAUGACAAGAGUGUAUUGCUGCAGAGCAAAGCCGAGGACGAAUCAGUAAGGAGAAGGAUACCCACGAUUUCAGUGACGGAAAGCCCAGAGUCUUGA